AUGGCCGACGACGUAGUAGAGCUUAUCUGUGAAUGCAAGCAUGACGAAUGGGGUAAAAAAGGCAAUAAUUCUCUUGCAGGGCGGUUGUGGUCGCGAAUGCCUGGGGCGGGAGAAUUGAAAGAUUCGGAGACCUAUUCGGAGAUGUGGAUGGGUACAUACCCUACGGUGCCAUCUCGGGUUACUUCCAACGGCGAGCUCCUCUCUGAGUACCUAAAGAACAAUCCCGAUCUUGUUGGACAGUCUGUUUGCGACAGAUAUGGCCCCGACUUGCCGUUCCUUCCCAAAAUACUCUCCUUUGACAAAGCGCUCCCACUUCAAAUCCAUCCAGAUAAAAGCUUGGCCGAACAACUGCACGCAAAGGACCCCAAAAAGUUCGGCGACACCAACCACAAGCCUGAGAUUGCUGUUGCUUUGUCUCGCUUUGAGCUCUUUGUUGGCUUCAAACCAGUCGAAGAACUUGCCAACAUUAUGAGGCUAAAGGCCGUCGAGCAAUUUGUGCCAACAAAGAGCGACUUCAAUGACGAAGCUCUGCGAGAGAUCUGCAAAACUUUCUUGAGCUUCCCACCGACCACCGUGUCGGAAAUGAUCACGAAGUUGAAAGAUACCCCAGAGUCAGAGUUUGGAAAAUAUCGUUACAUUCCAUCUCUUCUAAACCGGCUGAGCGAGCAAUAUUCAGAAUUUGACAAUGGGAAUUUGGUUGCCGCAUUGCUGAUGAACUACAUGACAUUGGAACCAGGAGAAGCAGUCUGUGUGCCAGCGGACAGUAUACAUGCAUACCUCUCGGGUGACAUUCUCGAGUGCAUGGCACGGUCUGAUAACGUCUUGAACACGGGUUUCUGCCCGCGCGCUGAUCGUGACGACGUUGAUCUGUUCGCACAGGCUCUGACCUUCAAGCCACACAACUCAGAAGCUGCUCAUCUUCCUCCACAAGUGAGUCAAUUCGGAGAAAAGGGAAAGACCCUAGUCUAUGCCCCUCCGUUCAGCGAGUUCAAUGUCUUGGGCAUAAGCCUAUCGCCUGCGGAAACUGAGACCCAUGCCGUACUUCAAAGCCCAAGUAUCUUGGCUGUCACACAAGGCUCGGGAGAGAUGAAGGUUUCGGGUGUGGGCAAGACUAUCCAUGUCGAGGAAGGAAAUGUGUUCUUUGCUGGAUGCAACGCCAAAUUGCAAUUCUCCACCGAAACAGGAUUGACAUUCUAUAGAGCGUAUGCCACCUUUUGA